AUGAACAACGACCCAGGUCUCGUCGGCUGUCUGGUCGAGAGGCUGACCACCCGACUCCCUCAUCGGACCGGCACCCAGGAUCAAGACCUCAAGCAAGACGAUGUCGCUGCCACCACUCGCGCGACCCUCGUCAGGGUCAGCGCCAGCUCGCCAGUCGCCGUUCUCGAACCUCUCGUGGCACUGCUAGAGGAGCUGGGACGGCCGUAUAAGACGGUGACCACGCAUCCUCCACAUGUUCUUGCUUCGGAAGUCUAUCUCCUCAAGCUCAUUGCGGACUGUUGCUUCGCCAACUGGCAAACCAUUCGAGAGCCCACCUUCGACACGAUCUACCUCGGCGCCCAUUUUCGUGGGGCUCAGAAGCUGCCGAAGCCGUUGCCGAACACGCUUAUUACACGUAUAUUCGAUUAUGUCAGGAUGUUCCUCGACCCAAUACCGGACGAUUUUGUGCUCCCUGCCCGACACCUUGUCUUUGAGGCACACGAUGUACUAGAUACGGCUCCUUUCGGUUCCGACAUGAUUUCGAGGACCGGCUCAUCGAACAGCUCCAGCGACGAAUUGCGCGAACUGGGUGAUAGGCUGCCACCCUCAAUCUCAAGCGAGGUCAUACAGCUGAUCAGGGUUGUGGUCACCUAUGUCAGCGCAGGCAACUGGGCAGCAUCUUUUGACUACCUGAGGACCACUAUAUACCGAGUUCGGAACGUCGCAGCAGGUCAUGCUGCCAUGCAGCCGAUUCUGGCAAGCGCGCAAGAAGAACGUCACGCUUUGGGGGCGCUGCAGUUUCUUGCCUUCUACUGGGUAGACUCACAGAAGCUCGUUGCUGUCAUACAAGAAUUGACGUCCAAUUUCCUCCAUCUGCGUAAAUCAUACCAAACCGUCAUAGCAGUCUCGACGCCUAGUUUGAUCAUCGGUUGGAUGUUGCGCUACUCAGACGAAUAUGCUGGCCUUCAUCAUGGUCGGCGGAAGCUUGACAGCUCCAUUGACACGCUUUUCGAGAUGUCUCUCACUCUGAACGACAACAGCAAGCGGCGGACAUGCCUCCACCAGUUUCAGUGCUCAUUGCUUAGUCUGAUGCCGGACGUUUUCGAGGUUGCAGGGAAUUUCCGAGACGCGAAGACUGGCAGUUUGGCCAAGAAAGUCAGCUACCUUGAGGGCUUGCAAAAAGGCUUCCACAACAGGAGUGACACUGUGAUCCAGUGUUUCGUCGCAUUCGUCCGCAAUGGUCCAAUCAUUGGCUUAAGCAGCGACUGUGCCAUCGUCAGCUACGCCAUGGAUAUUCAAGAUGAGGUCCGCGAUGCCGUAUUUCGCAAGUCCUCGACAAAUCCAGCAUUGUCAAUGUUCGACCAAGACCUCAUCACUUGCACUUUCAUCUGUCUCGCAGAAUCCAAUAUUGAUGAUUCGAUCGAGCCACUUGUGCAGAUCUGUCUCCAGGCAAACGCACCGCAGACUUUCAAGAUCGCGUUGGUACAGUCAUGCACCUAUUUUGCCAGACGCGCCCCGUCAGACCGAUAUUGCCCACUCUUUGCGAGUAGUGUUGGGUUCAUACAAAAUCAACUGAAGACUUCGUGCCAAAUAUUGAUGGAUCGCUACAUUGGCGAUUCCGAGGCUAAGCGCCGGACGCCAGAAGCUGAUGCCUCAAACAAGGUUAUGUUGUUAAACAUUCUGAAGUUCUUCCGCGCGCGACCAGCUGCGUUGUUUGAGUCACCACCGGCCAACGCCGCGGAAGCCGACAUGUUUUAUCAGCAGCGGCUGGAAGCCAUCAUGACAGUUCUGACUGUGGCUGACGAAGAGCUGCGGGCUUUUGCGCAGCCGCUAGCUCAAGAUCUCCAUCAAAGUGGACUAUUGGCUACGCUGCGCAAAACGAGAGCGCUCACUUCGUCCGAUUUCAGAAAGAAGUACAUCGAUCUUAGCGUUGCUGUCAACAGCACACUCUGUGAGAAAUUGAUCCUGCAGCUUGAUGCCAAGCACUUAAGAGCCCUGCAGGGCCAGCUCGAAUGUCACCCGUUAAUCCACAUGAUUGCUCCUGAGCUCCACCAAAACAUAUUACCCACCGACCGCCGCAUACAACUAGCUUCUAGGCUAGAAACGACCCUAUAUGUCUCGCUAUGCUCUCCAGAUUUAGACAUUUGCCAGAUCAUCGUGUCUUGCUUUUCGUACUUCAUUUAUGCGGCAGAUGCCAUCCGAAGCGUGCCUGAAGCCAGCAAGGUUCCGCAUACCACACUCCUGAAUCGAGAUGCCCUGGCUCUGCUUGCGACGAAGGAAUUCCGGUUCCCGGGCAUGGUCGCAUUUCAAAAACGUAUUCGAUCCAUCAUCAGAGGCCUGCAACAUCCUACUCCGGGACUGAUCGAGGCUUGGGAAAUCGCAUUCAAUAAGUGGAUUCACAUUUCCAAAGAUGUGACGACAACUCCGCCGGAGAGCAUUGAAGAGGCGAGUUUUUCAGAGUGGAGGAACCUGUCAGGGUUUCUGGCCUCUUUGGGAGGCGUAUGUACAUCCGAUCAGAUGUAUAUGCUUGAAGAGUCUCAAACAUCAAUGCGAUGGAUUGACCUUCCCUCAUCCGAGCAUUUAGAGGAGGCUAUCUUGAGCCGUUUCCUGCGACUGUCAAUUCAGUUGCUCGCGAGCACGAAUGUGCGGGCCCGAGAGACAAUAAGGGAGGUUCUCUCCUCGGAGAUAUCCUCGAAUCUGUAUCAGCACUUGUUCAAAGCACUUGAGUCAGAGGUGGAUGUGCUCUUCACCGGAGCACUGGAAGCAUCAGGCAGAGGCCAAGAUAUCGAGAUCAUCUUUGCAGAGCAGGCUGCCUCAUUACUCCGAGGUCUUGUGGACAGACUAGAGUCGCCGUCCGAGAUGGGUGCAGCCUCUUCAGUCCACCUGGGGUCUUUGGCGCUGGGUUUCGCCAAAUUCAUGGAUGGUGUUGGUGAGACGGCCAGCAGUCUCAGAGUCAAGAUUAAGGUCUGCCAUCUCUGUGAAAGUGUCACCAAGAAAAAGGAACACCUGAAUCUGCGGGACGAUGUCAGGAUUCGCAAUCAGCUUCUCGAAAUCAUCUACCUCUGGAUUUCCAGGCCAAAGUCUCCUCGGGCGGACAGCGGGCUUGGUAUUAGGGGACAGGAAGACUCUGCCAGAGUUCAAAAGGACCUUGACCGGGCCUGUCUCAAGUGCUUGUCCGAGUUAACAUUCCGGCUACCCUUGCAACCCAGCGAUGGGCAGAGCGACGUCGGCACGAGCGAGCUGAAGUUGCAAAUGUUCGAGUCGUACUUCAAUCGCUUCCUGUCCUUGCUCAGCCGUGACUUUAUGGAAGGUAAAGCUGAGCUUCCUGGCCACGGUCACGACAAUGUUCCAUUACCAGAUCUGGUCAUCACGAUCCUAUCGAACCUUCUCAGCGCGAAUAUCGAUGUUGGCCUUAAACAUUCUCUUAGUAUUGGUUACCACGAGGAUGUUGACAUCCGGACAGCAUUCGUCAAAGUCCUGUAUAAUAUCCUGGUACAAGGCACCGAGUUCAACAACCUUUCUGAUGCAGCUGUCAGCGAGAAGUACGAGGCACUUCUCGACAUUCUCACCCAAGAUUUGAGCCUAGCAUGCGCGGUCAGCACUGUCUGCCCGAGCAGCGAGGUCGACGAGAUUGCGAUAGCCCUCUUGAGCAUCUUCGAGACCCGUGGCAUGGCCUUUGAACUCAUGGAAGCCUUGGUUAGGCAAGAGAUUGAGGAUACUGAAAAUGAGUCCGAACUGCUCCGCCGAAACUGUGUCGGGACUAAGAUGAUAUCGUCUUAUGCGAAAUGGAAGGGUGCAGCCUAUCUGAAGGCGACAUUGCAGAAAGUCAUCGAGCGGUUGAUGCUCACUUCAAAAGACCUCGACUUGGAGCUCGAUCCCAGCAAGGUCACGUCGCAAGAAGAGCUGCAAAAGAACGCAAUGCAGCUCAGGAUCGUGGCUAAGGUCUUCAUCGACGACAUAUGUGCUUCCUCUGCGUUCAUUCCGCCUGCUUUCCGCAAGAUCUGCAGCAUUAUAUCCUCGGCUGUGAUGCCUCGUUUCCCGGAGGCCAAGUACACCGCUGUUGGUUCCUUCAUAUUCCUCCGGUUCUUUUGCCCGGCAAUCGUCGCGCCCGAGUCCGAUAAUCUCGUUUCGACAACCCCAUCCAAAGAAAUGAGGCGCGGGUUGCUCCUGAUUGCUAAGGUUAUUCAGAAUCUGGCAAACAAUGUUCUCUUUGGUGCCAAAGAGCCGUAUCUGUUCUCGCUCAACGAUUUUUUGACACAAAACAUCUACCGGGUUACCACUUUUCUGAGGGAGAUCUCUGUCGAGCCUGCCGAGUUGGAGAUGGCGGCAACAAACAGCAGCACCGAGGCGUUUGACUUCGGUUCCUGUGUAGCGAUGCAUCGUUUCCUCUACGAUCACUGGGACCAUGUGCGACAAAAGCUCAUAUACCAAGAGAGGAGAGAGGUUGUACGUUCUCCGAACGAGCUUGCUCGUGGUCGCUCUCCUGUCCUUGAGCCGGUUCGGGCACUCAUCACGACUCUGGGCCCUCCCCCCCUUGCUGUAACGUGGAACAGACCACAAAUCAGCGCCAACAACCCACUGGCAUAUUCUCGAUUCCAGCAUUUCAUGCUUCGCAACGCCUUCCGUGGUUCCGAAUCCUACGUCACGACUCGUGCUGUGUACGACGGAGGCGAGAGCAAGGACGGUCUUUCCAUUAUCUGCAUCAUUCUUCGACAUAUCGAUCAGGACUCGAUAGAUUAUGAUACCGUUCUGUAUUGCUAUUUGAAGAUCGCUAGUCGGCUAUGGCACAAGCCUUUCGGGUUGUUCAUUGAUGCCACUUGCUAUAACGGGCAGAACGAGCCUCCUGAUGAGAUUUUCAAGAAGCUCGAGUUGCUCUCUCCCAACGAACUUUCGCAGCAUCUGACAAGGGUCUUUGUGUACAAUAUGAACAGCACAUUCCGUAAAUGCUUCCGACGCAUCCUGCGCGUGGCUACGCGUAACGAGACCAGCGUCUUCAACCCUUCCAAUGUCGAAUACCACUUGAUGGGCAGCUUGCCGGACCUUCAGGCGCAUUUCCACCUCAGCCAACUGCAUCUCCCCAAGGAGACCAUCAGUGUUGUCACCGACACGCGUUACAUCUUCCAGCCUGUAACGAGGCUAUCCAAAACCAAAGGAAAGAUUGAGGUCAUGAUCAAGGUUGGCGGUCAGUUUGUACAGGUCACCACGGCCAAGAAGCAAGAAGUCCACCCUGGCUUUCGCCUUAACGCUGUCGUCAAUGAUAUCUUCCGGCUGGGGGACGUUGACGAAGCUCCCACCUCAAUACCCACGGAAGAUGACUCAGCCUUUGGCUUACGUGCGGACAAUGGAAAGAUUGUCAUGUACUUCCAAAGUAGCAAGAAAGGGGAAGUGCUCUCAUCUAUCCGUGCUGCAAAAGCGAAGUACGGAAAAGACACCCGGACAAUGAAGUCGGUCGAAAGACUGAUUCGACCUCAAGAUGUUCCCGGCACUUUGCUCAACCUGGCGCUCACCAACCUUGCCGCCGCGGAUCCGGUGCUGAGGGUUUCUUCAUACAACUUGCUUGGUGCACUAUGCCGAGCGUUUGACUUCAAGGCCGCAUCGCAAUUCAUAUGCCUUAAGGACGUUUUUGUUCCCUUGGACCCGACUAGCUUCAUCGUCAAUAUCAGCAAGAGGCUUGCGCUCGAAGAGCCGCAGCUCACGUCAGACUUUCUCAACGAGUUCUUUGUUGGUUGGGAAAGCUUCUCUGACGAGCAAAAGCCGUUGAGUUUGGCCUACAUGGCACCUUGGAUCCCCAGUUUACGCACGGCACUUCUGGGAGAAGAGGCUGACAGCGACAAGGGCAAGGAGAAGAUUGCCGGCAUCUUCCAGAAACUCAUUGAUGUGACGGCGACAGACCCUUCCUUGGGGCUGAUCCUUGAGCACACUGUUUGGCCCGCGAUUUACAGGGACGAGACUCUGCUUGACAUCUUCCUCGAGGAGGUGAUCAAGGGGGCGCUCUCGCUAGGCCUGCAUGAUGAGAACACGCAAAGCCUGACAGCGAUCAUCACGGCCAUAGGAACAGUCACACUUCGUGGCAAGAUCAUCGCUCGGUUGCGAAAGGCACUGAAUCGAUCUUCGCUCCGACCCACCAAGCUAUUGCCCGACAACGCUGUCUGGAGUGAGAUUUGCGUGUUGCUGCAGUUCUGCUUGGCCCUGUCUUUCGACUCCCCGGUCCAAGCUCAGCUGUACCUUCCCGAGGUAUUCCACAUCGUCACGAUGCUGGCUAACACUGGUACCUCUGACGUGCGCCUCAUGGUGCACCGCCUUCUUAUCAAUACGGUUCACGCCGCGAGCACAUCGUUCACGCUGGACGACAAUAAAACCGCAAAGUUACGAGCAAGCCUGGAAGCACUUUCGGAGUCGCGGAACGACAUCUUCUCAGCUGCCCAUGUCUUUGCGCGCGACGCAGCUUCGAUACAUACUAGCACCGAGGGUGUGCAGGCACUUGCCAGCACCGAGACCCUCGCUGGCAUGUUGUUUGAGAUCUGCGCGACAGCAGCUCCAUCGGUCGACAUGGCGAACGCAUGGCGAUCACGCUGGAUGAGUUUGGUCGCAAGCACAGCGUUCCAGAACAAUCCAGCAAUCCAGCCGCGUGCGUUCACAGUUAUGGGUUGUCUUGCUCGCGAAGAGGUCGAUGAUGAUCUUUUGUAUCAGGUCCUCGUUGCCCUUCGCAACAGCAUUUCGCGCUUUGGCGAAGACGGCAGCUUCGACAUGCUGAUUGCCAUCGUGACCUCCUUGUCAAAGAUGAUGUCGAGGCUACCCUCUGCUUCGAGAUAUGGCGUGCAACUUUUCUGGCUCGCCAUGUCACUAUUGAGACUCGUGCCAAGCUCUCUCUUUAGCUGCACUGCUUCGUUCUUGGACGCUGUUCUUGCUAAUAUUGGCACGACUGGCGAGUUCAGUGGUGAAAAGAUGGCUGAUCUGCUACUGGCUGGUCGCCUGCAGCUCGAAGAAGCUGCCAUUCCGCUGGAUGAGGUCUAUGGCGUACAGUUCACGCCAGAGAACUUCCAUCUGAGCGUCUGUGCCUGCCUCGUGCGUGGUCUGACUGACACAGUCACCAAGAAUGCUACACUCCGCGUGCUUUCAACGUUCCUUGAGAUGACGACCAACUCGGCUCGAAAGUCCUCUGAUGACCUUUCUCGGGAUUACUAUACUUCGCCAUACCUAACGCUGAUUCAGGCACGGUCUGUUUCCGUUGAGGAAAUGCGCGAUGUUCUCUGGUCAGCAGGGAUUAGCCCUGUCGGCGUGGCUAGUUUGGCUCCCGCGCGUCGUCUGCGUGAUCUGGAGUCACUCAAGGACAAGGAUUUGCUGCUAUACACUGCCAUUGAGUUGGUUGACUUCCAGGUUUUGGAAGAUGCCGCACAAAAUCACACCUUGACCUGGCUCAACGAGGUUGCCACCGGGCGGCCAUCGGUGGUCGUGCACCUGUGUUCGCACGUUACUUCGAUGCUCGACGAUAUUCUCCUGCACUGUCAGAACACUGCAACCCUUGAAGCAGCGUACGCCCUGCUCAAGACGCUCUCGUCCAACCAGAAGUUUUCGGCUGCGCUCGAGGGGAGCAGCAUGCUCGACGAGAUUCUAGAGGACAUGGGCUUCGGCGGUCUGUGGAAGAGCUGCUCGACCCGUCACGGCGAGGGACUGGAUAAGCAGUCUGUCUUCUUGACGGAGAAGCUGAUUGAGGUAUGUGUGACGGUUCUGGACCGAAAGGUAGAUCUCUCUGCUGAUCACAGACGCGUUUAG